AUGUGUGUGACACUGUUGAGCAAGUUUGGCUUAAAGCAAUGCAAGCCUGUUAGUACUCCUCUGGUGGCAAGUGAAAAACUUUGCAAAGAUGAUGGCAGUAAGCCUACUGAUGAGAAUGAAUAUGGGAAGAUUGUGGGGAGCUUGCUGUACCUGACAGCCACAAGGCCAAAUAUACUGUUUGUAGCUAGAUUUAUGCAUUGUCCUACCAAAAGCAUUAUGGAACAGCUAAUAGGGUCUUGA